AUGGCCAACACAAAUGAAAGAGAUAACUAUAACGCAAAACCUCAUGUUAUUGAUGGAGAAAAAUUUGACUACUGGAAGGACAAAAUUGAGAGUUUCUUCCUAGGCUACGAUGCUAAUCUCUGGGAUAUGGUUACAAAUGGUUAUGAGCUACCCAUCUUUGCAAUUGGUAUUCCUAUUCAAAGAAGUAGAAUGGGCGACGAUCAGAAGCGUGAUUUCAAGAGUCACCUUAAAAUUAGAACCAUUCUGUUAAACGUUAUUUCCUACAACGAGUAUGAGAAGAUAACCAACAAGGAAACACCCAAAGAUAUUUUUGACUCCUUGAAAAUGACGUACAAAGGAAACAACCAAGUUAAAGAGACUAAGUCUCUGGCCUUAAUCCAGAAAAAUGACUGUCCAAAGCUAAAGAAGGAUAGCUCCAGAAAAGAAAGCUUCAAGAAGAACUCAUUCAAAGCAAAUAAGAAAGGACUCAUGGCAAUAUGGGACAACUCUGAAUCUGAAGCUCCCGAAUCAGAUUCUGAAGAAGAGCAAGAAAAUGUAGCAUUCAUGGCCACUACCUCUAGAAGUUCAUCUGAAACAGAGUCUGACUCUGAAGAGAAGGGUGUUACAGAACUCACCCUACCAACCUUUUAUGAGGCAUUAGUCAAUUUCUUGGAAAGUUCAGCUUCUAGGUUCAAGAAGCUCUCUGACAAAUCCAUCACUAGUGAGAAACCCUCUGAAGAAGCGACAGAAAAGGCUGAACGGGAAGCAAUUGAGAAAGUUGCCGAGGAGGUUGCUGAGAAAGUUGCUGCAGAAGCUACUACAAAAGAGAAAGUUGAGAAAGAAGCAGAAGCUGCUCAGAAGGUUGAAUCUGAGAAAGCUACCGAGGUUACUCUGACUCAGGGAGAGUCAUCAACAAAUGAUCUUGCCCCUUGGUCAUUAGAACUCUAG